UGGUGAGAUCCAUCCCGAAAUCUGCCGGCUUUACAUCCAGCUGCAGUGUUGCCUAGAGAUGUACACAACGGAGAUGCUGAAGUCCAUUUGUCUGCUGGGGUCUCUUCAGUUUCAUCGAAAAGGAAAAGAAGCUAGUGGGGGAGCAAAGAGUUUGGACAGCAAAACUGAGGAGAAUGCUGAAACACCUGCCCUGGAGGACUCCUUGUCAUCCCCUCUAGAUAGCCAGCAGCAGUCCUGGCAGGUCGCCACAGAUAUUGAAAACACCGAAAGAGACAUGCGAGAAAUGAAAAACCUUCUUAGCAAACUCAGGGAAACGAUGCCUUUACCACUGAAAAAUCAAGAUGACAGCAGCCUUCUGAAUCUAACUCCCUACCCCAUGGUCAGAAGACGGAAGAGAAGGUUCUUCGGGUUAUGUUGUCUUGUCUCAAGCUAGGUGGUUUCCCCGGAAACUCACCACCAAGAUCACCUGAGAAACACCACAGAACCGGAAGACCUCCACACAGCGGAACACCAAGAACGGUUUUGACCAUGUUUUCUAUGCUUCCUUAUUAGUUUAACUGCCUCUCCUUGCCCUUUUAAAUGA